UAUUUGUGAUUCGUCGGUCCGUUUUAUGAGUCGUUUCUACACUCGUACUCACGCACAGACAUUUAUAAUACGUAUUCACCGACAUCUUUUGAUCGUAUGACUGACAAUUGUACCGUAUCGAGAAAGUAAUGAACAAGCAGGUGUAUUAGAAAAGAAAACGAAAAAAGGAAGGAAAAUAGCAAUGACUUCAGUAAAGUAGAUCACGGUGUGAGACUAUUCUCCUGUUGAAAGGCGUCGAGCCAAUUACCAGAGAAUCAGGUUCAAUUAAAAGGCGAGCAACAAUCGUCACAAUGACUGCUGCUUAUACGAACGAUCCCAUAACACAGGAACAGAACGUAGAGAAGAAGACGGGCGCGAUAGUCAAUAAAACACUGCACAACAAGAAAGAGCAAACGACGCGUGAAGAAAGCACUGAAUUUACUUCUGCGGAAAUGAUGAAGCAUGCAACAGGUGGUCAAGAUCAAGAGGAAAUCCCUGCUAAUCAGGAGAAACUACCGCUUUAUAUAUCGGUUAAUAUACCAGAAUUGCUUGAGCAAAAAGAUGAAGACGCUAUGGAAUGUAAAAAAUCCACCGAAGACGGUGAACUUUCAGAAAAAGAUGAAAAUACUUCGAUUAUCAGUGGGGAUAAUCAAGAUGCAAUUAUCGACACGGACGAGGCUAAAAACGAAGUGUUAAAAGAUUGUGAUUUGAGUGCAUUAAAUUCGGCUUCAAAUUCGAUUGUAUCGACAAGACUCGAUACAUUUCUCACUGAGUGUGAUUCUCAAGAUGCAAUGUCGGGAACACGUGGAACCGAUUCCUCUUUGAAGGACAAUUUCAAGUUGCAAGAACUGCAGAACUCUAUCGACAGUAUCGCUACGGAAACAAGCAACUUUUCGAACAUUUUCGAGGCUUAUAACGGAUCAUUGGAGGGUAUAGUUUUUCAACAAGAUAUUGAGGAAAUAUAUAAUCCAGAGAGCGAACUGACUUUUCAUGAGGCUGUACGUGCAGGGGACGCCAAGAGCGUUGCAGCACUUCUUGCAAGUGACUCUGUACAAAACCUGGACGAACCGGAUUGGAAUGUUUCAGGUGAUCCACCCCUGCUAGUGGCCGCUACAAAUCAUUGUUUGCCUGUCCUCAGUUUGCUACUUUCGAACGGAUGCGAUCCAGCUGUGCGCUCCCCUCGUGGUGAAACGGCAUUACACAGAGUGAUUUUAAAUGGAGGGCCAGGAAACGUAUUGCAAUUCGUAGGAGAACUCCUGAAACAUGGUUGUCCUUCGGGCGUAAAAGAAGCUGGCGGUGGAUUGACUGCGCUGCACAUAUUAACCCGGCAGCUAGCUCACGCCCAAGGAUCGAAAAAUUUGUAUCAUAAUUUCGAGGCAGCUUUGAAAACGCUCGAUUUAUUAGCACGCGCUGGUCCUGUUAAUGCGAAGGAUCAUCAAGGCCGCAGCGCACUUCAUAUUUUAGCUUCUUCUACUAUCUUCGAUAACAACCACCGAACUGAAAUUGAAUCAUUGAUCGAGACUUUGUUGGCUGCGGGUGCGGAUCCAUCCCUGAAGAAUGAUCGAGGAGAAACUCCUUUGCACGAGUGCCUCGAGUGCGGUGCUUUAAACACCGCGUUUUUACUCAUAUCACACACACCAACUGGUAUAAUGUCACGUUAUGGUGAAACUCCGUUGCACAUUGCCUCUAGAAAAAACUAUGCCGACAUGGUAGCGAAACUGCUGGAACAUGGGGAAGAUCCUAGUGUACAAGACGCCGGUGGCAAUACACCAUUGCAUCUAGCUUCUGCGAGAGGCUUUCAUCAAACCGUUUCUUUGUUGGUUACAUCGCCCCUUGCGCAAUUAGAGAAAUUAAACACCGAAGGGUUGACUGCUCUCCAAGUAGCCGCGGAAAGUGGCUUUGUUAAUGCAGUAAGACUGUUGCUAAAAGCGGGCGCGGAUCCAAGUCAAACAGUCCACUAUUGCACGACGAUUCUUCAUCGCCACCCUGAUAUUUCCGUUUUAAUAGAUCACGAAUUGAGUAGACGUCGUCAACUCGCUGCCUGA